CAGCAACACGCUUCAGCCUUCAGGUCUCAGGAUUCAUUCUCUGGAUGUGCCCAUUGGCAGGCUCGACGAGUUUCGCGUUUCCAGGGCAGACCGCAGCAAUGACAGCAGCAUUCACGUUGGACAUGGGCAAGGGGAUCCUCUCGCUCCCUCAAACGAAGGGAAUAGGAGACGCCAGCUGACAAUACUUCGCUAUGCAGAAUGGAUUUCAAGAACAUGUCUGAAUCAUUUCCUGCAAUGAGGGGCGAUCCUGAUAGAAGUUCUGCAGGUUGAGGAUCUUUGCAGAACAGAUGAGUCCUUGAGUGCAGGCUUGGCCUUGCAAAGUGGUAAAAUGCAUUGUUCUUCAGCACCACAGCGCAGAUUGCUCCACCACCUGUUUCUUUGAGCAGACCCUCAAGUUGAAGGCGCCUGGUCUGCACGCUUCAUGCCCCAGCGCUCCCCCAGCGUUAGGAGAGGCAUGAGGCCGGUUGAGAAAGACAAAAGCUGGCUCUCUGAUUGAUGAAGCACAUGGCCUGCACUGGAAAGAUGCUGCAGGACAGCUUUACUGCUUCACCACAUUCUUGACAAUGGGGGCAAUGCAGGCCCUUUGUCUGCUUGCAGCUUUUGUGCUCAGUGUAGGGCGUGUGAGCACAGAUUAUGUAGUCACGGGGCCCAGUCUCGCCCCCCCCAUACCUCCAGGUCAAUGCCCGUACGUAUUCAAAGAUGUCAACAUCAAGUACGCCCAGGGCUUCUGCCCCACAGAUUUCCAAGCUAAGAACCCUGUCUUCAGCACGUCAUGCUGCAAUGCCCUGGAGGGGCUCAUCUUUCAGAGCAGGGUGCAGCUAGCCAAUGAGACUGGAGUCCUGUUGCUGCCGCAGUCAUCCGCUGAUGCAUGCAUCAAGGCAGCUGCACAGGCAUUCGCUCCAGGUGCUGAGCAGCUGUUUGCCACAUGCGGGAUAAACAGCACGCUUCUCUCCAUAGAGAGCGGUGCACCCUGCGGGACAGAACUGUUGACAGUGUAUGACUUCUGGGAGGCGUCAGGUCACAGCUUUCCAGGCAUUGUGGGAGCGUCGUGCUUCCAAGCAAGCGAUUGCACAGCGUGUAUGACCCAAGUGAACAGAAAGAUCGCCUCUCUGAGGGGCAACGCGACUCUGCUGUCGUCCCCUGCUUGUCAAGCCCUCGGCCAGAUCGCAAUGACGGCGGCUGCGUACCCCGUCGUGGUCGCCAACGGGAUCUCGGGGUGCGUCCGCAAAGUGCCGAUUCUCAAGCUGGACCAGUCGCCGGUUUGCGAGUCCCUGGACUGGGACGAGAUUGACUUCUCGUCGGCGGCCCUCAGUUGUGGGCCGGCGCAGAUCCGCAGUGACCGCUGCUGCGAUCUGAUUCUCGGCAUUGGCGGCCAGGCGCACAGCAUCUAUGCCAACCGGACUGGUCAUUCCAUACCGCAGGACCAGGUCCAGGCUUGUGUCGCCGCCCUCAACUCCCGCUUGGUCAAGGCGGGCGUCACAACGAGCGUUGCGGAGCGAUGCCAGCUGGGACCGUUCCCUUUGCUCUUUGCGGUCGGGUGCUACAACUACUCCAACUACGACGCUCGCAUCCCUGAUCAUCUCCUCGUCGACGGCGCUGGGGAUGCCUGCAACCCCAAUCAAGGCAACUGCUCCAACAGCAUCUGCCAAACGCAGUUCGACAGCGCGUCCGCCUUCCUCGCAAACUCGUCCGACCCCCAAGUCACGAACCUGUGCGGGUUUCUGGUGAUGAGCCAGUACCUCGCGCGAUACGACUCCCUGAGCGAGAUCACCGCCCGCCUGAACUGCUUCGUGAACUACCCGGCCCCUCUGGCGCUUGGUUUCGUGACCUCGAAGUCGCGCGCGCUGACGAUGUCAGCAAUAGCUGGCAUCGUCUCCGCUUGCACCGUCGUGCUUCUCAUCCUAGUCGCUAUAACCGCUGUGGUCUGCAAAAGGCGCUCAUUGAAGGAGGGGUUGGAUGAGUGCCUUGGCAGGGGCUCGAGGCAAUGGACGGGGAUGCCCGGGCUCAUGUUAGAAAGCUUCAGUUUCUCCACGUUGAAAAGGGCGACCAAAAACUUUAGUGAGGACCGGUUGCUGGGGCGGGGCGGCUCGGGAAAAGUGUUCAUGGGGGAGCUCCGGGGCAACCUGGUCGCCGUGAAAGUUAUCAGCAGGGAGCCAGCUGCAGGAGGGUCCAAGGAGUUCCAAAACGAGGUGUUGUCAAUGGCGCGCCUCCGUCAUCGUCACCUGGUCAGCCUCGAAGGCUGCUGCAACUCGCCGCGACACUAUAUCUUGGUCUACGAGUUUAUGGCGAACGGGAGUUUAGACGACCAUUUGUAUCCGCCAAAAGGAGGGCCAGCACAUGUAGUACCAGAAGGAAGUCAAACCCGCUUCUUGGACUGGCCGACAAGAAUGAAGAUUGCACUUGGGACCGCCAAAGGGUUGACUUAUCUUCAUGAGGACUGCAACCCCCGCAUCCUCCAUCGUGACAUCAAGCCGAGCAACAUCCUGUUGGAUUCCGACUUUGAGGCCAAGGUCGCCGACUUUGGACUGGCCAAGCUGACCACGGACGGCGACACCCACCUCACCGCGAGCAUCGCCGGCACGUGGGGCUUUAUGGCGCCCGAGUAUGCGGCAUCCGGCCGCCUGACCGACAAGAGUGACGUGUACAGCUUCGGGGUGGUGCUGCUGACGUUGGUUGCGGGACGGCGGCCGAUAGAGCCCCUUGACGUACAGGACAAGGUUUACCUCAUCGAGUGGGCUUGGACCCUGGCGGAAGCGGACGCGCUCCAGGAGCUGCUAGACGUCAGGCUGACGUCAGCGCUGAAGGAACACGCCGCGGCCAUCGACAACGUCACAAGGAUCGCGCUCCUUUGCAUACACUCGUCAGUCAACCUGCGGCCGACCAUGGUCGAGUGCAUCCGCAUGCUCACCGGUACGGCCCCCGUGCCAGCCCUCCGCCCGGGGCUGAUUUUCACGCCAUCCUCGUUAGCAACACCGGGCCCCAGCAGUGACUGGAACAGCACGGACGGGAGCGCCGGGUGGUCGGGAUUGUCCCGGGGGGUGCUGAGCAACCAAAGCGUGGUUAGCGGGCACAGUAUGUUGAGCAACCAGAGCAGCUUGUCAAAGAUUGAGUUGGCCGCACGGACCGAGAGCAUCGAAGCCGAUGACUUGGAGCCCGGCACGGGGACGUAGCAGGAUUUUGUGUCGAUGACAGACUCGGUACGACUUCCAAAGAACGAAGAAAGUGCCAAAGCAGGUCGCAGCGCGGUCUUGUUUUGCUAGCACACUUGGUUUCGCUGUUGAAUACUAUAUAUUAUGCGUUGUAUGGUAGUAAUUUGUUUCCAGAGUUGGAGCUAGGAGUCAGCGUUCGAAAUUUCGCGACCUGAUGACACAGCGGCGAGCGCCACAAGCAACCACAAGGGCGCGGCGUGCGAUGCAUUAAGAAUACGGAUUGACCCCAGUAAGAUUCAAUUCAGUGCCGGCAGUAUAAUUAGCCUAGCCCUAGCUAAGGGGUGGAUUCUUCAAUUUUCGUGCUAAUCCAAAGCUUACCAAGCGAACGCUAAUUAUUCUGAGCUAUAGGUGCAAACCAGAUUUUGGGGCACAACCCCGGAUACUAAUACGGAUCAUUGCUUCGGAUGCGUGGUAACCACGUUUUCCUAACGGUUGCAACAUUAGCUUUUGCCAUUUGAAGCUUGUCGAACGUCA